UUUAACCAGCUGCAUGGAAGAUAAAUACUUUACAUAAGCCCAAUAAGUAAUCAGAUAUCUGAUAAAUCUAAUAAUUUAAACAAAUUUAAAUUUACAACUGUCAGCACCUGUAUAAACAGAACGGAUGCUGUCAAGUGUCUGAAGAUGAACUAUAACCUUAUAAAUAAAGCAUAAAAACCGUUUUACAACAAAUUACAAUUAAAAAGUGAUACUUAUGAAGAAACAAUUAUGUUAGCAGCAAACGCAAAAGAAAUAUGGAAUAAUUUAAGAGGGGUAAUUUGCGUUUAUAAACCGGCUGGUAUAAAAUGUAAUCAAAUUAGGAAAAGCAUUAUUAAUGCCGUUUGUUCAGGAUUAGAUAAGUUAGAAGUAAGGCCUCCAGGAGAAUAUAUUCAAAUAGAGGGGGACACAACUAAAGAAUUAAAUAUUGUAAAAAAAGUUAAUUUAGCAGACGAUGUAUUAGUUGUGGGGCCGAGAUAUCAGUUUGGAGAUGUUUCAUGCUCAUGGUCGUCUUAUUUAGGACCUAACACCAGUGGUGUUUUAUUAUUAGGAAUAAAUGACGGUACAAAAGCCGCUAAAAUAAUUAGGGAAAACAGAUUAGCACGAACUUACAAAGUUAGGGGUAUUUUGGGUGAAGCAACUGAUACCUAUUUCAAAGACGGAAAAGUUGUUGAAAGAUCGACUUUUAGAUUUAUUAAACUUAGUCAUAUCGAAAAGUUACUGACUUCCAUGCAGGCAGCUCAUCAAAAGAAAAUGUUUGAACUUUGUGGAGUAGAUAAUCAAUCGCAAGCUGCUUAUGAACUGGCAAUUAGAGGUUUAAUUAGACCUGCCUCAUCUAAAAUUCCCGUUUUAUAUGGGAUUAAAUGUGUGAAUUUUCAGUCACCCCAAUUUACAAUAGAGGUGCAAUGCAUAAACGAAUACGAAAUGUAUCUCAAGACGCUGAUACACGAUAUAGGGGUACAACUUCAUUCAACUGCCUACUGCUCUGAAAUACAGUGUAUACGACAUGGUCAUUUCACUAUAGACGAUGCUCUUCUUAGAAAACACUGGACCCUUGAAAAUAUUUACACCAACAUGGAAGAAAUGAACAAAAAGUUGCUCUUACAUGAGGAUAUGUUACGACAGAAUAGUCCCAUUUUACAAUAAAUCUAUUUAUUAUGCGUUUUUC